AUGCCACGCAAGCAGUCUGGGGAAGGGGAGGGCCCAGCCAAGGGCAAAGCAGUGGAAAAAGAGCAGGCCCCCAAGGAAGACGGCGAACCUCAGGGGAGCAAAACCUCUGGGUCUGAAUCCCGGCGAAACUCCCAGUCUGGCCAAGGGCGCAAACACAGCAAGAAGAACCAAGACGACCCCCAUGCAGCUGCUAUUAAGACCUACUCACCGUUCCUCAACACAGUUUUUGGCAAGACACACAAGGCACUCUGCAAGGAAGCUUAUGCCUUUAUGCAUUGUUGUCUUUCAUCCUCUCUCUCUCUCUCUCUUUCCCCCCCCCUCCAGGAGAGGGAGCUGUCCACAGUGGAGCUGGAUGAGCUGCUAGAUGCCUUCAAGGAAUUUGACACUGACCAAGAUGGCUACAUCAGUUAUAAGGACUUAGGGGAGUGCAUGCGAACCAUGGGUUAUAUGCCCACGGAAAUGGAGCUUAUUGAGAUAUCUCAACACAUCAAAAUGCGCAUGGGAGGCCGUGUAGACUUUGAAGACUUUGUAGAAAUGAUGGCCCCAAAGCUGCGGGAGGAGACAGCUCACAUGGUGGGUGUGAGAGAGCUGAAAAUCGCCUUCCGUGAGUUUGACACAGAUGGAGAUGGAAUGAUCAGUCUGGCAGAGCUGCGGCAGGCCGUGACGGCUCUGCUGGGUGAGCAACUCAAUGCUCAGGAGGUGGAUGAGAUCCUGAAGGAUGUUGACCUCAAUGGGGAUGGGAGCGUUGACUUUGAUGAAUUUGUGAUGAUGCUUUCUGUAAGGUAACCAUCUCUGGAGAGGAAGAGACUGUCCCAUCACGUCCAUCAUUGUUGUUUUUGAUAACCAGAAGGGGAACCGGCUGCCCUUGCAUGGCUCUUCACCUCCUGAAGAGAAUGGGGAAAUCAACCCAUAGAAGGCAGAAUUCUCUUCUCCCAAGCUUGGAUC